AUGGUGGUAGUAAAUACUUGUGGAGCCAAUGAGUGGGGGAGCCCAGUUCAGAAUGAGGCAUCGGUUUUAAAGAUGUCAUACUAUUCAUGCUUGUUCAUCCUUACUGUGAUUUCUGUUUCCAGGUACUUGGCACUUGUCCAACCAUUUCAUCUGAUGAGUUGCAGAACGAGGUACAGGACCAUCUGCAUCAAUUUGGGCCUUUGGGCAGCUUCUUUUAUUCUGGCAUUGCCUUCCUGGGUCUACUCAAAGGUCAUCAAAUUUAAAGAUGGUGUUGAGAGUUGUGCUUUUGAUUUAACAUCCCGGGGUGAUGUACUCUGGAUGAGUAAAUAUCUAUCAAUUACAACAAUGUUCUAUAAGUUGGCUGUCCUUUAAUGUCUGUGGUUGUUUAUGUUCUGCCUAUCCAAAUGUCUCUUUUACAAUUACAAUCCCAGUAGUUCAAAGCAGAGAGUGACAAGGCUGACAAGUAUGAUACUGGUGCCGGUGGCAGUAUUUAUCCUAAGUGCCACCCCCUAACAUGAGAUACAGCUGGAGAACUUACAGAUGGAAUGGCCCACACUGGCCUUCUAUGUGGCCUAUUACCUCUCCUUCUUUCUCAGCUAUGUCAGCAGCAACGUUAACUCUUUUCUCUACAUUCUAUUGAGUGGAAAUUUCCAAAAACAUCUGCCUCAAGUACAAAACAGGGGGACCAAGAGGGAAAUCAACACUAUGGAAAACAUACUGUAAUCAAACUUUCAGGAGCAGUCAGGGAUCAUCAAGAUCCUACACAGACUUGUCUGUGGUAGGGACAUUAAAAGAAAGCCAGUGCACUAG